UAUUUUUGAUAAUAAUUCCCGGAAUGAUUAGUCGGGUAUUGUAUACCGAAGAGGUUGCCUGCGUUGACCCAAACAAGUGUAUGCAAUACUGCAAUAGUCCGGUCAGUUGUUACAAUACAGCGUAUCCUAAACUAGUGCUGGGAUUAAUGCCCAGUCCUUUCAAAGGAUUAUUAUUGGCAGUAAUGUUGGCCGCAUUAAUGAGUGACUUGACCUCUAUAUUCAAUAGUUCGAGUACACUCUUUACAUGUGAUAUUUGGCCACUAAUUCGUAAAAAAGCAAAACUAGCGGAACUGAUGAUUGUCGGCCGGUGUUUUGUGAUAGUAAUGGUUGUCAUUAGUAUUCUUUGGAUCCCAAUAAUACAAGAGAUGCAAAACGGAGAGCUUUAUAUAUACAUUCAGGACAUCGCGGCCAACCUCUCGCCACCGAUUGCCGCCAUUUAUAUACUGGCCAUCGCGUGGAAGAGA